AUGGAACACACUUUGCCCAGGGAGAAAGUGCCCAACGUGUCCCGCACACCACUGGUGGCCGAGCACCGCGAGGAAGACCUCCAAGGACAGGGCUCCGAGCCCCAGCGGCAGGCUGGGGCCCCUCUGGGGACACACGCGCAGGAACCAGUCAGGUCCACGCCCCCGCCUCCGGGCCGGGGUGGGCGGCACCCCCAGGCCACCGCUCAGGCGCAGGCUGCAGGCCAGCCGCGGGCGCGGCCUUUGUGGGCCGCCGGGCACCUCGCCAUCACGUACAACUUUUUGUCUCCGGGCAGCGGAGGGCUCCGCCGCGGGGACCCCGCAAACUUGCCACGGCCGCGCGCACCCCGCGAGCACCCCGCGCCCCGCGGCCGCCGCCUCCAAGUGGGGCAGGCGGCGGCGGGGCGCGGGGCCCUGUGCGUGUGCCCGCUGUGCAGCAAGCUGUUGCCCGGCGCGCACGUGCUGCAGGGGCACCUGAGCGCCCACUUCCGCCCCCGGGCGCGGCUGUCCCCCGACGGCCCGGCGCCCACCUGCCCGCUCUGCGGCAAGACCUUCUCCUGCGCCUACACGCUGAAGAGGCAGGAGCGCACGCACUCGGGCGAGAAGCCCUACACGUGCGUGCAGUGCGGCAAGGGCUUCCAGUACUCACACGACCUGAGCCGCCACGCCGCGGUGCACAUGCGCGAGAAGCCGCACGCCUGCCGCUGGUGCGAGCGCCGCUUCACGCAGUCCGGGGGCCUCUGCCGUCACGUGUCACGUCCGGAAUUCCACUGCGGCCUGGUCAAGUCCCUGCUGCUGUGA